AUGACUAUGAACAAUCAUGACAUAAGCUAACAUUAGAAGAGAAGGGAUUUUACUGUGUUCUCUCUUCAAAGCACACAGUGGUUUGACAGACCAUUUUCUCACCCCAAAAGAACAUCAAAUGUGAGUGAAAUCAACUCCUAGCAUCCACAAUGUUUCCUCUGCAUCUACUCCUGCUGAUAUCUGGAACACUGGCUAUGAAUUGCUCAAAUUCAGACAAUACCUUUUAUUUCAACACCACAACUGGGGUGAUUUCAAUGGCAAUGAAGAUUCUACAAGAGAAUAUCACCAUCGACGAUAAAGCUGAGGAUACUCUGAAAUGCUAUUGGGCGUCCAGGGAAAGCUUUGUUGAAUGCACCUCAAUGAAUGUGACCUCAAUGAACCUAACUGACUGUCGGACGGUGCAAAUUUCUUUUGUCAGUCACUCAAUCAGCACGUUCAUCUUCAACAUAUCUUCGUCCACGUGUGAAGUCACCAAUUGUACAGAGACAGCAAUCAAUGCCCUUUUGAGAGAGAUACAAGACCAUCCCGGUGGAGGUCCAAAGAAACUUAGGAAGAUCUUGAACAUACGAAGCAUGUGUGCAGACCUGUUUAAUAACAAUCUGACCAUGGGCAUGAUGUUUAUUGACAUUGAACGGGGCCUCAUACACAGCAUCAUGAACAUCUCAUUCACCGGAGAGUCUGUGCACUACAACCUCAGGGAUCUGGCUCUGACUGUGUUCAACCUGGCCAACCUAACCAGUGCCGAUGACAAGCUGGUGCACAUAAAAGCUCCAGAGCUCUUCCCUGAGAACAACUCUUACAUUUCGGAAAUAUGGAUCCCUAUUGAUGCACUCCAGAACAUCCCAGAGGGAAAGAGGAAAGUGGGCGUGGUCACCUAUAAAUCACCCAAUGAGUUCUUGUUUAAAGAGGAACUCGUGAGAACCAGGGUCAUGCGGAUAGAGAUGGAGGGCGGCAGACGACUUAAGAACUUGACCACUCCACUGAAGAUGAAGUUCAAAUUGCUUGACCCUAUAAUACCAGUGAAUUACAGCCUGUCAUGUCAAUAUUUCAAUGAAUAUGGUACUCUCUUCCACACUGGGAACAUAAGCCUCCCAGACACUGUCUUUUGGAAGACGGAUGGAUGCGUUACUAAGAUCAACGGCAGCGUGGUGGAGUGCAUCUGUAACCACACUACGCCGUUUGCCGUGCUGCUGAUCUCUGACCUAUCUGUUGGCCGUGUGCACUGGCAGGUCAUGUCUUACAUCAGCUAUAUUGGCUGUGGCUUGUCUGCCUUCUUCACCGCCGUAUCCUUCCUCACCUACGUCAUCACCAAAAACUCCAGGGGGGACAAUGCCAACAGCAUCCACGUGUCACUGAGCGGGGCUUUGUUCCUGCUCAACACCUCUUUCCUGCUCAACGAGUGGGGGGCCAGCCUGGACAUCAGGGGCGUGUGUAUCUUCAUUGCGGCGGCCAUUCACUACAGCCUCCUCAGCUGUUUCACCUGGAUGGCCAUUGAAGCUGUCCACCUGUAUCUCCUCCUGGUCAAGGUGUUCAACACUUACUACCGACACUAUAUGGCCAAGCUGUCUGUCAUUGGCUGGGGGGUCCCUGGUAUCAUUGUGGGAGUUUCAUUGGCAGUCAAGGAUAUCAAACCAUUAUAUGGACCUACAAAAAUGACUAUGGCAGACACUAACCAGACAAAUACAAUCUGCUGGAUCAUGGACAUCCCCUUCUUCUACUGUAUGAAUGUGGCCUACUUCACCCUCAUCUUUGUCUUUAACUCUGGAAUUCUGUUAACGGUGACCACCCGGAUCUGCCAGCUGCAGUGCUAUAGCAGUAAGGGCAAGCCUGGGAAGGCAAGCCUGGCCUGGAAGGACAUCUGCACCGUCCUGGGUCUGACCUGCCUGCUGGGCAUCACCUGGGGCCUGGCCUUCCUCAGCUACGGCUAUGUCAACCUUCCCAUCCUCUACCUGUUCAGCAUUUUCAACUCCCUUCAAGGAUUCUUUAUAUUCCUAUGGAUCUGUGGCACUGCCAGGAAAGACAGGGAGCAGGCGCCGAAAAACAAGAUCACAUCAGCAGCUCUACACACCUCUACAGCCAAACCCAAGGAGGAGAUGUAUCCUGGCAACAACUCCGACCAGUAAACAAUGUCUGUCCACAAUGGAGAUCACUCAUAUCUACUUAGAUGGCAAGGGGAGUUUUUGCUUUGUGUCUAAUGGCAUGUGCAUUUUCUCUUUCUUUCUCUUUCACAAAUAUCAUUCCCCUUGCCAUCUAAGAGGUAGUCACCUCAUACAAGGACUUGGGAGUAUGGCUAGACGUGUACCGUCCUUCUCUCAGCACAUAUCAAAGCUGCAGGCUAAAGUUAAAUCUAGACUUGGUUUCCUCUAUCGUAAUCGCUCCUCUUUCAACCCAGCUGCCAAACUAACCCUGAUUCAGAUGACCAUCCUACCCAUGCUAGAUUACAGAGACAUAAUUUAUAGAUCAGCAGGUGAGGGUGCUCUCUCAAGCGGCUAGAUGUUCUUUACCAUUCGGCCAUCAGAUUUGCCACCAAUGCUCCUUAUAGGACACAUCACUGCACUCUAUACUCCUCUGUAAACUGGUCAUCUCUGUAUACCCCUUGCAAGACCCACUGGUUGAUGCUUAUUUAUAAAACCCUCUUAGGCCUCACUCCCCCCUAUUUGAGAUAUCUACUGCAGCCCUCAUCCUCCACAUACAACACAUGUUCUGCCAGUCACAUUCUGUUAAAGGUCCCCAAAGGACAAACAUCCCUGGGUCUUUUCAGUUCACUGCAGCUGGCGACUGGAUUGAGCUGCAACAAACACUCAAACUGGACAGUUUUAUCUCAAUCUCUUCAUUCAAAGACUCAAUCAUGGACACUCUUACUGACAGUUGUGGCUGCUUUGCGUGAUGUAUUGUUGUCUCUACCUUCUUCCCCUUUGUACUGUUGUCUGUGCCCAACAAUGUUUGUACCAUGUUUUGUGCUGCUACCAUGUUGUGUUGCUACCAUGCUGUGUUGUCAUGUGUUGCCGCCUUGCUAUGUUGUUGUCUUAGGUCUCUCUUUAUGUAGUGUUGUGUUGUCUCUCUUGUCGUGAUGUGUGUUUUGUCCUAUAUUUAUAUUUAUUCACUUUUUAAAAUCCCAGGCCCUCGUCUGCGCAGGAGGCCUUUUGCCUUUUGAUAGGCCGUCAAUGUAAAUAAGAAUAUAUUCUUAACUGACUUGACUAGUUAAAUCAAUUUAAAAAAAUAAAUAAAGUUGUGUUGAUGUAUUUUCUUCUCUAUCAUUCCAAUGUAUUUAUUGGGAAAGUGCUUUGAGAGAAUGAUUUCAUUGAUGUGUAUAUUGUUUAUGAUUAUCAACCUUCAUUAAUAUGUGAUCUCAAGUAGCUGAACUGACUGUUGUAUAAUUAGCCAGUGACAAACCAAAGGAUUUAGUUUCCUGCAUACCAUGAGGUUUCUCUAUGAUUGCUGUGGUAAAGCAGAAUGAAAUCUCAACUGUACUGAUAAUAAUGCACACACAUUUAAAAGAAAUGAUACUGUCAAUAUUCUGUUUCAAAUUAGUUACUGUAAUGUUUUACAAGAAGAAAGCCCAUGUACCAUCAAAGUGAGUUUUUGCGAUCUUGUUGACAUAGUGCAAGAAAACUUAAACUGUGACUUAGGUUUUUCUGAAUGUUAGGAUAAAUCCCACAUAAUACAUGUUGAGACAAAGCAUUCUUAUGUGAUAGACCUUUUCACACAGCCUCGUCCUUAUUAGUUUGACAAUCUAUCCCUUGCUUUUCCACAGUCUAACCAACUAUGAAUAGUGUGUUGCAAUCUGGUCAUGUUUUUUACAUUUGAAAUAAUAUCACUUCUGCAGAAAGUGUCUCACUGUGAGCAGUAGGUUCUCAAAUACACUCACAUUUGACCAUUUCCUUAUGAUUGGGAAACAGAGACAUCCUCUUUUCUAGUAACUUUCUGGGGAAUGGCAGAAUGAGUCUUAGAGAUGUUGUAACGAUGAAAUCCGUAUCAGAGAAAUGCCACCAUCUAGGAUUUGUUUCUUAUUCUAACUGAAAUUAUUUGAAUAUAUUCAUUUACCUAACAUUAACCCCUCAAACACCCACCCCCCCAAAAAAUGCUUUUAAGCUUUAUUGUGUUAUUCUUGAUGAUUUUUCUUAAAUUGUAUGUUGUAUGUUAACAAAUUGAAUCAACCACUAAUAAA